AUGGCAGCCCGAAGCCCUCCAAGUGCACCAGCAAAUAAGGUACAUGACUCGAAGAAAAGAGGCCAUAGAAGGUGUUCUGUUGCUGGAUGUCCGACUCGAAGCAAGCAAGGAGGCAAGUGCGACAAACACGGCGGAGGGAAACGGUGUGCGCAUCCGGGCUGCUACAAGUAUCCUCUACAUAACCACAGGUGCGCCACUCAUGGCGGAGCACGGAAGUGUGCACACCCGGUUUGCCCCUACCAAGCUCUCUCCACCGGCAAAUGCGGUGCACACGGAGAAGGCCCGCGACGCUCCGAGCCAGGCUGUUCAUGGUGUGCGUCCGCGGUGCUCUGCACCCGGUACACAUCUGCGAAAGGAAAGUGCAACAAGCAUGGCGGGAGGGCGCAAUGCUCCUAUCCAGACUGUCCGAAACGAGCUCAUACAAUGGGUUUGUGCUCUCGUCACCGAGUUUGCUGUGGGCAUGAAGUGUACAUGAACGAGCUUCGCUUUUGUAACAAGCACCGAGGUGGACAGCUAUGCUCGGAGCAAGGAGGGUCGAAGCGUGCCCUCAGCAAGGGUGUGAGCUUUACUCAUAACGUUACAUGGAGGGGUAAGCGCUGUUCCCAUUCGGACUGCAACAAGCUGGCCAAAGUCGGUGGCAAGUGCAUCGCCCACUGCGGAACUCGACCAAGUUCGCACCCAGACUGCAGACACCGAGCUGUGUCCAGAGGCAAAUGCUGCACUCACGGAGGUGGUUCACGCUGCUCCGACCCUGGUUGUAUCAAAGUUGCCCAGAUCAAGGGCAAGUGUAAUGAUCAUGGCUCGUGUCCCCAGUGUUCUCGCGAAGGCUGCAUCCGGUACGCUGUGUGGGAAGGGAAGUACAAUUAUCACAUUGAAGCGACAGACUGUUCUCACCAAGGCUGUUCACAACGCGUGUUCACACCCAGGAUGUACCACUAA